AUGUCCGAAUCUGACCAGGAGCAAAGUUCACCUGAGCCACUUUCACCAAGAACCGCUGUUGUACGUGCUGGUUUGAGGAGGAAUUAUAGUUCUUCAAGCACUGAUUCUAAAAGUUUCGAAUUUGAAGGUUCAAGCACGAUGGCAGAGAUUCCGAACAACAACAAUAAUGUUGAAGGAGGUGGUGCGCUUGUUGUCCAACCUCGAAAACCCCAGCGUGAGUUUUCCAUUCCCAAAGUCACCGAUCAACCUUCGUGCAUCGUCUAUCCUCAACUCACAGUUGACAGGUUUAAGCUUAAAAGUGGUAUGAUUUAUCUUCUUUCAACUUAUUAUGGUAAUACCACUGAGGAUCCUUACAUGCAUAUUAAGCAAUUCUUUGAAAUAUGUGCUACGAUCAAAAUUCAUGGCCUUGAUGAUAAGCAGAUUAAGAUGAGGCUAUUCCCAUUCAGUUUAAAAGAUAAGGCUAAGUCUUGGUUAUACUCUUUGCCUAAUGCUUUAAUUUGUACUUGGGAUGAGCUUUCUAAUAAGUUUUUGCAGAAAUUCUUUCCGGCUCAAAAGACUAACAAGAUUAGAAAGGAAAUCCUUGGUUUCACACAAAGGAAGGAGAAGCUUUUCAUGAAUGUUGAGAGAGGUUUGCUUGAUUCCGAAAGGAUGAUGGUAGAUGCAACAAGUGGAGAAGGACUGAUGAACAAAACAUCAGAUGAGGCUUUUACUCUCUUUGAAUCCUUGAGUGCUAACUCUCAACAAUGGAGUCACAAUAAAGGAAGAGGAGCUCCUAUGAAAGCUGUGGUCUCUGAGGCAGUGACUGGCCCUCUAAGAAACAAAGUAGAAGUUCAAGAUCAAUCUUUUGCAGAGCACAUGCUAGAACAAGCAAAUGCCCUUCAAGCAAAGAAUCCUAAUAAUGAUCCUUACUCAAACAUGUACAAUCCGGGGCAAUUCCAGCAAGCUCCCCAACAAGUGCAAGAGCAAAGGGGUGAUCAAAUGGGAGAAUUGCAAGACAUGUUCAAGAAGUUCAUGGGGCAACAGAUGCAAACCAAUCAGAAUCUUCAAAAUGCAGUGAACAAACUAUAA